AUGCCCAAGAGGAAGAUCAGCUCCGCCAAGGGGGUGGCGAAGGAGAACCCCAAGAGGAGGUCGGCGAGGUUGUCAGCUAAACCUGCUCCUGCAAAAGUGGAAGUGAAACCAAAAAAGGCGGUGGGAAAGGAGAAAUCUUCAGACAAAAAAGCAAAGGGGAAAAGGGGAGCAAAGGGAAAACAGGCUGAAGUGGCUAACCAAGAAACAAAAGAAAACUUACCUGCAGAAAACGGAGAAACUAAAAACGAGGAGAGUCCAGCCUCUGAUGAAGCAGGAGAGAAAGAAGCCAAGUCUGAUUAGUAUCAUAUCCCAUGUCUUACCAGUGGUCCCUGUCUCCCUUCUUGUACAAUCCAGAGGAAUAUUUUUAUCAACUAUUUUGUAAAUGCAAGUUUUUUAGUAGCUCUAGAAACAUUUUUAAGAAGGAGGCAAUCCCACCUCAUCCCAUUUUUUAAGUGUAAAUGCCUUUUUUAAAGAGGUGAAAUCAUUUGCUGGUUGUUUAUUUUUUGGUACAAC